CCUGUCAGUACACGACAUGGGCCGGAACCUGCUGAUGGACGAGAACCCAGAGGAAGAAACCGAGUUGCUGGAGGGUGAAAACACCAGAGGCCAAAGAGCAGUCUUCGUUCCGCCCAGGUACUGGAAAUACGCCUCGGGUCUCGUGCUGGUGGUACUGGCUUAUGCUGGAAGAGAGUCCUUGCACUGGUCUCGGGAAGGCCUCAAGGUACCUGGCCCUCAGACAGUGAGAAAUGGACCCUCGCUGCCUCAACAGAAAUAUUCAGGUCUCAAUGGCGCCACGGCGCCAAUGCCAAAGAUCCCCGACACUGCUACCGAACACAAUGGCAUCGAAUGGCCGGAGAUGAUCCUCCAUGGCUCGGAAACGAUGACUUUCAUGGUCAUCGGUGACUGGGGCGGAAUGGAUGGAGCUGUGGUGCCGCCAAAUGGCGGGUUGAGGAUGGUUCAAUACAAUGGUGGGAUGGAGGUUGGCCCCCACGUCUUUGCCCACCGCCCCAGUGGCUGCACAGAUGGUGAGAUGUCUAUUUGCUUCAAUGCUCGUGGUGGGAAUGGUUGCAAGCCAAACUGCGGGUAUAACGACAGCGUGGAUUAUGAACCCGGCUUGUUGGUCGCAACCCAAAUGAAGCAGCGAGCUGCCCAAUCGAAGCCCAAAUUCGUCCUUAAUGUGGGCGACAACUUUUACUGGGGCGGCAUCCCGCUGCAGUGCGGUACUUCUUCCAUCGCGGGCGUUCAUCAGAUUACUGGACACAUGUUCGACACCAUCUACAAUCAUGUCUACAACACGGAAGAGUUGAACAUCGCUUGGUUGAGUGUCCUUGGGAAUCACGACUACGGAGGCUGGAUGUAUUCUGCUGCCUGGGAUCAACAGAUUGGCUAUACAUGGCAUAAUCCGAAGUGGCGGCUCCCGGCGCAGUACUGGAUGCAGCACGUGAACUUCCCAGACAAGGGCUUCGACAUGGACAUCCUACUGCUUGAUUCAAACAGUGAGGACGCAGUGCCUUCCACCGUCCUGCAAAACACGAACCUAUGUAGUGCACAGCACAACAGCAACGCCAACUGCGCCUCCAUUGGAGGGCCUGCCAAUCCUGGGGAGUGCCCAGUUUACUUCGCGAAGCUGUGGCAGGAACAGGUCGCAUGGACGGAGAAGAAACUCAACAACUCCAAGGCCAGGUGGCAGGUGAUCGUGACGCACUUUCCAUGUGGGCACCAGGUGCAAGAGCGUUGUGUGUGUGUGUCUGUGUGUGUGUGUGUGGGGGCAACCCCUGUUCCGAAGGGCUUUUAUCACAUGUCCAAUUUUUAG